AGAAAAGCCUCGGCUUCGUUCUUUACCUACUUUUGCAAGCGAAAAUAAAUUAUAAAUUUGAUUAUAUAUGAAGUAAUUUAAGUUAUUUACUAUCAUUUCGAGAACAGGAGGCCGUAGAUCGUCUCAAUGCCGGCCGACAAUAUCAACAACAGGUUGAAAAUUUGCCAUCAGAAGUAGAUCUUUUUUGUAUUUUCAUCAUUAUAACCCUGUACCGCUGUUUUGUUGCUCACGUGCGGAAUAUCGGAUCAAAUAAAACGUCUCUGGGUCUAUGAUAGGGUCUGCACAACAAGAAGGUAUUUAAAAUAAUAUUGGAGAAGGGAAAUACACUACUAAAGGAGAAAAAUGUGGCAUGAGGCACGCAAACAAGAAAGACGCAUUCGAGGUUUAAUAGUUGAUUACAGACGCCGUGCGGAACGUAGACAGGACUUUUAUGAAAAAAUUCAAGCAGAUCCUACGCAAUUCAUACAGAUUCAUGGAAGAAGAUGUAAAAUACAUUUAGAUCCCGCUAUUGCAGCCGCUGGAGAUGGAGCCGCAAUCAUUGUACCUUGGCAAGGUCAGCAUGACAAUCUAAUUGAUCGAUUUGAUGUGAGAGCCCACUUAGAUUACAUACCACCUGUUAAUAAAUCUAAUGAUCAGGAUAUAGAAUCGUCCCAAGAGGAAAGACAGUGUAAUUACGAACGUUAUCGAAUAUUGGCUCAAAAUGAUUUCCUUAAUCUCUCUGAGGAGAAAUUUCUACAUCAGCUAUUUUUGGAGGAACAGUUUGGAGCAAAUGCGCCUCUCGAUAUAGGACAGGGAAAUCAGGGCAAGAAGAAGAUACAAAAAUCUGGUGCCGCCAUUGGCUAUUCCUACGAUGAUUCAACAAUGGAUGGCAGCGGUCCUGGUGUUAUUGACGUGCAACAGCCUUUUGCUCAUUUAAAACAUGUCACUGUAGCUGCAGCUACUGGAUCUAAGAAAACUGAAAAUGAUUCCGAUACAGAAUCAGAUUCUGAUAUUGACAUGGAUGUUUCAAUAGACGUUUCAAAACUUGAUACCAGCCAAGCGCACGAGUUGAAUGCUUGCGGUCGAAAUUAUGGCAUGCUGAGCAAUGACUUUUAUUCUUACCUCACCAAGGAUGCAGAUGAAGCGGACGCUUUGCGCAUAGCUAGAGAAGAGGAAAGAGAAAAAAUGUUAUUAGGUGGCCGCAAAUCAAGGAGAGAGAGACGAGCACAAAAAGAACGUCGUCUUGCACGUCGCACCUUCAGUCCUCCCAGUUAUGCUGCUAAAGAAGAUAAGGCGGGCAAAGAUGAGGAGAGUGAUUCUAGGUCUCCUUCUCCCUCUGAUACCACUGAGAAGAUUACAUACAUUACCUCAUUUGGAGGAGAGGAUGAAUUGCAACCACAUUCCAAGAUUACCAUUACAUUGGGUAAAGGGGCUUCAACUUUGGGUGCAGCCUGUGUGGAUGCAAGUACAUCUUCCUCACAUGCAACAACGUACGCGCAAAAAGUGAAGGAAAACUUGGAUAAACUAAAGAAAUUAAAUGAACCACUUACUAAAAGGGGAUCAUCUCGAAGCAGAAGUCGUAGCUAUACCCGAUCACGUAGUCGGUCUCGAAAGAGAUCAUACCGCAGUUCCAGAAGAUCAUACUCAAGAAGUCCAUCCUACAAAAGGCGUCACAGAAGUUCAAAGAGAAGUCGUUCCAGGUCCAGAUCCCGAUCACUGUCAAAAUCGCGAAGACAUUCGCGUCGCUACAGAAGUCCCUAUAGAAGAUCACGCUCCAAAUCAGCAAGAUCACGACGCCGGCGCUACUCAACAUCGUCAUCAAGUCAUUCGUCUCGCAGAAGCUCCAUAUCACCACGUAGAUCUUCACGAAGGUCUAAGUAUAGCCCGAAGCACGACAAAGUCGUCAGGAAGAAAUCAACAAGCCCUAUGAAUAAAGCUAGGACGAGACUUUCACCAGUGAAGGAAAAGUCGCCCGUUCAGCCAUUGGAAAUGUCCAUCAAGUCAGAGAGCGCUGUAGAUGUGUUAUCAGCCCCGCCACCGCCACCACCUCCUCCCAUAGCUGUGGAGGAAUCUAAUAAAAUACCAGUACCGAUUGUAGCGGCUGUCAUUGAACCACCACCUCCGCCUCUUAAACGUUAUUACGGCCGAAAAAGGGGAGAGUAUUCAUCGUCAUCAGAAAGUGAUUCUGAAUCCGAUGAAGAUUCGAAAGCUGCUAAGUCUGCCGAAAAUACAGAUGCCCAAGAAGCAAUGGAUGUGGACACUACCUCGGAAAAAUCAAAUCCUUUGCCAUCAACAUCAUCAUCGUACAAGGGUAAACUACAACAAACAGGCAAAUACGGCACCAACACAUCUGUUGUUAGUAAUGCUCCCGAGACCAAAGUUUCUGCUUCGAAUACAAGUGGAACUGGUGGCAGUGCUCGUUUGAAUUUGCGUGAACGACUCAAAAAGAAAAUGCAGAAUUUGCUUAAUAAGCAAUAUAAAGCGGACAAAAAGGCUGAAAUUGAAAAAUCCGAAAGAGAGCGCCAAAUGCAACAGGAACGUUACGAGGAAAUGAGAGAAUUGGCGAUUAAAUUGAGAAGAAGGCAGCGCGAAAUACGUCAUCGGUAUGGUACUCCCAAUAGUAAAGGUGCCUCCGAAAGCGAAACGUCUGAAUACGCGGCCGCCGUUGCUGCCAGCAGGGAAGAUAAGUCGAGAAGCAGUGAAAGAUCCUUAAGAAAAUCUCCAGUGGCCAGAAAAUCUCGAAGUCGUUCGCCGCAGAGGUCGCAAAGAAAAUCUCCGGUUGCAACAAGAUCAGACAGUCGAUCAAGGCAUCCCAAAUCAAGGUCACAAUCACGUAGCAGACGUAGUAACUCACGUCGCCGUAGGCGAAGCGUAUCACGCUCUAAACGACGCGAACCAAGCCAAGAACGAGUUUCUCGUUUUGCUGCUGGUUCUCGGUAUGAUGAUCGUCCGAGGCGAUCACGUUCCAGAAACGAACGAGAUCGUGGUGGUCAUAGAGACAGAGACAGGGAUAGGGAUAGAGAAAGGGACCGGGAUCGGGAAAGAGAUAGGGAAAGAGAAAGACAAAGGCAUGGUGGAGGUGGCGAUCGUUAUCGUUCAAAUAGGGACGGCGGGAAUGGGCGGGAUCGUUCUGACCGUGAUAGGGGAUACAGGGAUCGCGGCAGUGAGGGCCAGCCCCAGCAGUCUACAACUGGUGCUACCUCUACCUCAUCAACGUCUACCAGUCGUAGUCGGGUUGUUAUUUCUGCUCCACCAAAACUAAAAAAAUUGGUGGACUAUUAAGGUUACUUGAAUUCCUUGAAUUUGUUUUACAUUUUUCUAUACCUAUUCUUUACUUUUUGCGAGAUUUUAGAGUACAAUAUAUAACAAACAUACACAUGUUAUAUUUACUACAAUUACAUAUAAAGAAAAACGGAAAUUUUUGUUAUCGGAUUUAAAAAAAAAAAAAAAACAAUUAGCCAGGCUAAAUGAAUACAAGCUUAUACGUAAUAAAAUCUUUCUCCCUAUAAAUAACACAAAAACGUUUAUCAAUAUCUUCCACAGCCAAUCCAUCAAUACUUGCUCUCAAUAAUAGAAUGUUAUUCUGCAAUAAUACACAGACUUGCAAUAACAAUUAUAAGAAUUUCCCCCUGUAGGCACUGUGAAGCGAAGCAGCCUAUCCAAAGAAAAUGGAUAAAGAUCGCAGUCGCUCCCAAAUAUAAUACAACAACAACAAUGGAUUUAUGGUAAAAUAGCAUUAGAAGAACAUAGCAUUGCAUUGCCACUGAACAUAAGGUAGGAUACAUUUUUAAGAUAAGUGAUUUGUAAACACUGUAUGUUUUAUUUUAUUUUGUAACUAUUUUUUAUAUGAAAGAUAUGAUGAAUAUCGGAGCUCAACUGUGUGAUUGACUUUCAGUAAAAAGGGGAAGCGGGAAAAUCUUGACUUCAACUUAGAUUCAAAGGUUCUUAGAAGCAAAUGCUUUAUGUAUAAUACUAUACGUUUCGGAACAUACGUUCUCUUCAGUUUGUCGAGCAAAUGAAUGAAUUCGAUGAACGUAUUAACCUGUUUUGUAUUUACAAUUUAUUUAUGAGCGUUACCAAAUUAAAAGAACGCUGUAAAAACUCGAAUUUUUUUUCACUCUUAUAGUUAACAUAAAAACCAAAAAAAAAUUGGUACCCAAAAACCAGACAUUCACUUCAAUAUGGGACUCAAAUAAAAGGUAUUUGAGAGAAGAAAAUGUAUCUGAUAUCCAACUUUGGGGUCAGGAGAUUAUGCGUCCGCCACUAUAACACGUCCCAAAUCCGAUAUAACAUGUGUUUGAGUACUUUUCCAGUAAACAGUAGGUAGCAAAAAGGGAGAGAAAGAGAAUAGAGAAGCUUAGCUGCGAGCUACCGGGUGCGUCCACAGGUUGCGGAUAGUGGAAUGCUCCAUACGGAGUAGCUGCAACGGCAGUCGCAGACAACCAGCGGUAUCAAGCAGAGAGUCUCAGUGAGAGGUGAUAUGAUGCUCGAUAUGACAAGGCGAAUUAUUGGCGUCUUUACAUAUCCAAUGGCCACCCUGUUCCCGCGGCGAUCGGUCCUUUGGAUCGGAACGAGCUUGCUCAACUACAGGAGCUUAACGGGGAUCGCCACUUCCACAUGAAAAUGAGGCUCGCUAUACGAAAAAAAAAUAUUUAUAAAAAAGUUUUGGAUUAAUAAUUGUAUGAUUAAGUCAAAUUUUCAACGGAAUCUCCAUUUCUUCAAUUAUUACGAUCGUGGUUAAAAUUUGUAAAAUUUUCAUUUACAAAAUUAAUUGAGUCGAUAAU